AUGUCAUCGUUCGUUAUUGGUCUGGAUAUCGGCGGUACUCAUAUAACUGCAACUCUUGUGCGUAUUGAACAAGUCUUAGGAAAUCGAACUGCAACAAUCGAACGCGAUGUUUUCUACACACGUUCUAUCGAGAAUACAAAAGAGAAAGAUCCUCGUUCGAUUAUUUCCACCUGGGUUGAAUGUAUCGGACAUCUUAUUCAUGAUCUCGUCAAAAAUUAUCAGGAGAAUGAAGCAAUUAUCGGCAUCGCAUGUGGAAUUCCUGGUCCGAUGGAUUACGAACGUGGUGUAAGCUACAUUCAGUCAACUCAACUGAACAAAUGCGAAAAAUUUUUCGGUCUUAACCUACAAUUUUCAUUGCAAGAUGCUCUACGCGAUUUAAUUUCGCGUUGGAAACAUGUCUACAAUCCGAAAUACUUUACACCACCCACAUCACCGCGCACAAGCUUAUUUGAUCGAGAAAAGCAAGUCGCAUUGGAAAAAUCGUUACAUAUGAAACGAGCGAAUGAAAUUAACUCGACUAUGAAUCAAGCAUCGUUUCAUUACAAAGAUUUACAAUUAAAAAAUCAGGAGAAUGAACCGGCAACGAAGGAUAUUACCAGUUAUUGUGGUUUACAAGAUACCGACACUGAAGAUGCUCAAACGGAAACUUCAUUUUCUGAUAAAGACAUUGAUUUAUCGAUGAAUUUACUAAUCGAUGAAAGUCUUACACCUAAGAUCUGGACAAUGAUGAAGCAAUUAGCAGAGAUUCCAAUUACAUUUUAUAAUGACGCAACGUGCUUUGCAGUAGGCGAAGCGCAUAGAACUCCAAAUCGAGAUUAUCGACGAAUUCUUGCUUUGACUCUUGGUACAGGUUUUGGUUCGACAUUCAUUGAUAGAAAUGAAAUUAUUCUCAAUCGAAACGAUGUUCCACCUGGUGGAAUGCUUUGGAAUUAUCCUUAUGAUCAACAAUCCAUUGCAGAUGAGUGGUUUUCUACGCGUGGAUUGAUCAAUAUUUAUAAACAAAUCCUUCGCGAAGAAGCAGAUGAGGUCGGUGAUCAAUUAACAAACGCAGUCGAUGCUCGAAUUCUUGCUGAACGAGCUUCAAAUGGCAAUGCAAAGGCAAAGAAAGCUUUCGUAAAAUUUGCUGAACUACUAGGUAAUUUUCUAAUUCCGCAUCUCACAAAAUUCCAAGCAAAUAUUCUCAUUAUCGGCGGUGGAAUUGCACAUGCCUAUUAUUUAAUCGAAGAACAACUAACAAAGACUAUCGGAGAAACGUUAUCCAUUCCGAUCUAUUUUAGCCUUUCGCAUGAAAAAUCUAUAUGUCUUGGCGCUGUGUAUCAACAAAUGCCAAGCCUAUUCACAACCAAGCCGAAAAUCGUUCGACAAACGCCCCAAAAUCUCCUUCCAGUCAUAAAAACACUCGACACGCAUUCCUACGAUAUAUAUCCAUGUCACGAAAUUCCUAUUGGCUAUAUCGGCAUCGGUCACAAACAACUCUAUGAGAAAUUACUUCGAUUAAUCGAGGAGAAUCAAAUUUUAUUAAUCGAUGGCUUCGUUGGAACGCACUUUGAUGAAUUUGCCUGUGAAUUAAACAAAUCUUAUCAUCAACAAGCGAAGAAACUCAAUCGACCGUCUUUAGUAUUCUAUGACUCGCGAGCAUUUCUACAAGUCGAUUCCGACGAGAAACGAAAUUCCUAUUUGAAAUCUUCAAAAUCAAUCUUUGGCAAAUUAGCAACCGAUUUAAAAUUUAAAGACGAUUUUAUCGAUGAAAGCAAACUAGUCUAUCUCCGAAACAAUCUUUCGUAUCCAUGUGUCAUCAUUGGACCUGGCGCUUCAUUCGUUCAUGACUCGGCUCCAUUAAUCUACAUCGAUCUACCUAAGAACGAACUCUACUAUCGUGUUGCUGCCCAGACAGCCUGCUCGUAUCUAAAACCACAAAAACGCGACAUUCAGCCGAUCAACUCCAUUGACACAGAUGAUUAUGAAUUAACUCCAGGCAUGUACGAGCAAAAAUGCUUAUAUUUCCUCGAUUAUCCAGUCUUCAACGCAUUAAAGCAGGAGCUUCUUCCUCGAAUGUCGUUUUUUGUCGAUGGUCAACGACCGAAUUGUCCCACAUGGCUUGAUGGCGAAACCUUUCGUCAAGCACUUGCACAUCUCGCCAAUGUUCCCGUUCGUGUUCGCCCAUGGUUUGAACCUGGCCCAUGGGGUGGCCAAUGGCUGAAAUCUGUUUGCACAAAUAUUUCCCAAUAUCCCAAGAACUACGCCUGGUCGUUCGAAAUGAUUACACCGGAGAACGGCAUUAUUCUUUCUGAUAGUAAUCUUCACUUAGCUGAAUUUUCUUGGGAUUUGUUCUAUGGUUCACAAUCGAAUCGCGUUCUCGGUAACGAUACACACUGCCGAUUAUUUAAUGGAAUCAAUGAUUUUCCUAUUCGAUUUGACUUUCUCGAUACGAUCGAUGGAGGAAAUCUAUCUAUUCAAUGUCAUCCAAAUUUACAAUAUAUGCGAAGCAACUUCAGAGAAAGAAUCACUCAAGAUGAAACGUAUUACAUUCUAGAAACGAAACAACAUUGGAAAAACGAUGAACAAUCUUCAGCUUGUGUUUAUCUCGGAUUCCAAGAAAACGUUGAUUCGGAAGAGUUCCAUCAAGCGUUACUUCACAGUCGUCGCCAUGCACAAGAAUUAAACGUUGAGAAGUAUAUUCAAUGUUUACCUUCGAAAAUUCACGACUUUUUUCUUAUCCCCAACGAGACAAUUCACGCAUCAGGUCGAAAUCAAGUUGUACUGGAAAUCUCUGCUACGCCGUAUACUUAUACAUUCAAACUAUACGAUUGGUUAAGAUUAGGUUUAGACGGACGUCUUCGACCGUUGAAUAUAGAGCAUGGAAUGAAGAAUUUAAAGUUUGAUCGACGUGGCGAACAACUUCAAUGUCAACCAAAGUUACUAAAGACCGAAAUCGGUCAAUACCAAGAAGAACAUUUGCCAACGCACGAAUUGCAUUUUUAUGAUGUUUAUCGAUUGAGAAUCGAACCGAAUGAGUCGAUUCACGUUGUCCGAUCAACAGAAAAUCGGUUUCACUUAUGUAUGUUAGUUGAAGGCGAUGCGAUCGAAAUUGAAUUCGACUCGAUCGACCAUCAACAACAUAAAGAAGUUCGACAGUACAACUAUAUUGAAACAUUUCUCAUUCCUGCAUCAAUUCAAGAGUAUCGCCUUCGGCCGAUUAUCAAACAAGGACAAGCUCGACAAUUUGUGCUGAUUACCGCGUUUCUCAAAUGGGAUUGUGAAAAACUACUUGAAUGA